UAGGAAGAUAAUAAUGGCCCUUCCCUACCACCACUAGCGAGCGAGGGAUGCUGCUAUCAAUGCCAUCCUGGCUGUUACUGUGCGCGCUGCAACGCAUCCUCUCCUCUCCUAGAUCCCAUCCGCAUCUUCUUCCUCGUUUGACAUUGCCCCUGUUGCUUGCUUCACGUCUCCUCUUCAUGUGAUCUGAGGCGCUCGCUUUCGGAUUCUUGCUCUUCUCGGCGGCUCGCGUUGGGGGAGCGGUGGUGGGGAGGAGAUGGGGUUUUUCCGCACUGUGCUGGGUUUCUUCGGGUUUGGGGUGGGAGUUACCAUGGGGCUUGUGAUUGGGUACUACCUCUUCAUCUACUUCCAGCCCACCGACGUCAAGGACCCUGUAAUCAGGCCACUUGUUGAACUUGAUACAAAAUCUCUAGAAAGCAUGCUUCCUGAGGUUCCUCAUUGGGUGAAGAAUCCAGACUUUGACCGGAUUGAUUGGCUUAACAAGUUUGUCGAAAACAUUUGGCCUUAUCUUGACAAGGCAAUAUGUAAAACUGCAAAGGAAAUCGCUAAGCCAAUUAUUGCUGAGAACACUGCCAAGUAUAAGAUUGAUUCGGUUGAAUUUGAGACAUUAACAUUAGGUUCAUUACCACCAACAUUUCAAGGGAUGAAGGUCUACACCACAGAUGAGCAAGAACUUAUAAUGGAACCUUCCAUCAAGUGGGCUGGAAAUCCGAAUAUCACUGUUGUUGUCAAAGCAUUUGGGCUAAAAGCAACUGCACAGGUUAUUGAUUUGCAUGUUUUUGCUCUACCACGCAUAACGUUGAAGCCCUUGGUGCCUAGCUUUCCUUGUUUUGCUAAAAUAGUUGUUUCACUUAUGGAGAAGCCACAUGUUGAUUUUGGUCUGAAACUCUUAGGAGCAGAUCUCAUGGCAAUUCCAGGUCUCUAUGUAUUUGUUCAGGAGAUUAUCAAGACUCAGGUAGCAAACAUGUACUUGUGGCCAAAAGUACUUGAGGUGCCAAUCAUGGAUCCAGCAAAAGCACAAAAGAAGCCUGUUGGAAUUUUGCAUGUUAACAUCGUACGGGCUGUCAAACUCACCAAAAAGGAUUUUCUGGGAAAAUCGGAUCCAUAUGUGAAGUUAAAGCUAACAGAGGAAAAACUCCCAUCAAAGAAAACGUCAGUGAAGCGAAGCAACUUGAACCCUGAAUGGAAUGAAGAUUUCAAAUUAGUUGUCAAAGACCCAGAAUCUCAGGCUCUUGAGCUUACUGUUUACGAUUGGGAGCAGGUUGGGAAGCACGACAAGAUUGGAAUGAGUGUUAUCCCAUUGAAAGAGCUUAUUCCUGAUGAGGCAAAGUCACUUACACUUGACUUACACAAGACUAUGGAUGCUAAUGACCCAGCAAAUGACAAGUUCCGGGGGCAGCUCACUGUUGAUGUAACAUAUAAGCCUUUCAAGGAAGGUGAUUCUGAUGUUGAUACAAGUGAUGAAUCUGGCACCAUUGAAAAAGCCCCUGAUGGCACACCGGAAGGUGGUGGUUUGCUGGUAGUUAUCGUUCAUGAAGCACAAGACGUUGAAGGAAAGCACCACACUAAUCCAUAUGUAAGAAUUGUGUUUAGAGGUGAAGAAAGGAAGACCAAGCAUAUUAAGAAGAAUCGUGAUCCACGUUGGGAGCAAGAAUUUCAGUUUGUCUGCGAGGAACCACCCAUAAAUGAUAAAAUGCAAAUUGAAGUCAUUAGCAGACCACCAAGCAUCGGUAUACAUUCCAAGGAAAAUCUUGGCUAUGUUGUCAUAAGUCUUGCAGAUGUUAUAAACAAUAAGAGGAUCAAUGAGAAAUAUCAUCUAAUUGACUCGAAAAAUGGCCGCAUCCAGUUGGAAUUGCAGUGGAGAACAUCUUAGAACUCACGGGCUGAAAUCUUGUAAAGUUUCUUGUUUAGAAUGCUUUCUACACUUGUAUGUAUCAUUUGGCAGACAUAUCUUACCUUCUGAAUUAUUCCACUUUUAAAACUAUGCUUUUCAUUGUUUCCCCCAGAUUCUCACUGGUUGGUAUAUAUGAUUAUGAACAGAAACCAGGAAGCCUGAACUAAUUAUGGAAUUGGUAUUCUGUAUGAGAAUCGAUGAAUUUGUGUUAUUUGUACUACAGCAUAACACCGA